AUGAAGUUCAUCGCUGCCAUCAUCGCCCUCGCCGCCGUUGCCCUCGCAGCGCCCGCCCAGCUCGAGGAGCGCCAGAGCACCCUUUGCACCUCUGGUGAUCCGCUCUGCUGCCAGCUGGACGUUAUUGGUGUCGUCGACGCCACUUGCACUUCGCCCUCCGCAACCCUUACGACGGUCACGGAGUUCCAGGAAUACUGCGCUGACAGCGGAAGGACGGCUGAGUGCUGCACUCUGUCUUUGGGAAUCGCUGGCUUGAUCUGCUCUGCUCCUGUCUAA